AUGAACGAGCGUCGGCGGCAUAAUAAGGGCUCUAUCCUUGCUACCCUUGGGGAAGCACUGGGUAUCUCGUCCCGCCGCGAAGGAGACAAGUAUCAGAGGGUGGCGCGAUCUUCGAGCCGCAAGCACCUACGCGAUACCGCACCACGAGAUCUCUACAACGUGGAGGUCUAUCCUCAACGUAGAAAUGGCCAAGGCGGUCGCAAGUCAAGUUACGUCUCGUCACCAUAUCCUUCUGAGCUUAAAAUUCGCGGUGCAGUCAGCUCUGAUGGAGACAGCGACACCAGCGGCGCGUCCAGCGACACUGACGAACGCCAUCCUAAGAAACACUCUCUUGCCACCAAUCAUCGCCGCAGAAUAAUUUUGGGUCAGAAAGAGUCAUCUUCAAGCAGCUCAACUUGCCGUGCCGAGUCAACAUCACCGGGAAACUACCGACUGGUUCCUUCCGACAUGGCGGAGUCUACGUUUUCUAUAUUUGAGGACGUGAAGUCAAAUUCCAAGCAUAGACACAACCUUCUUCCAAAGGAAGAAUUCCGCAAAGCAAUAGCAGAGUUCGAGAAGGACUACACUCACAAGCUUGAGAGCUCCAAGAUUGUUGGAUCCAAGCAGGCAGAUAAGGAAAUGGCUGAUUCGACACGACGCCCGCUUUGUGCAUCCAAUAGUGUAGGCAACCAGGGGGGCAAAGAUUUCUUGUCAGACGACGAGACGGUCGUCGAUGCCACCGACCUUCACGUUCGGGAGAACACUCUCAUAGGCAGAUCUCGGUCGAGUAUGAUGCUCGACGGACACUUUUGCGCAGGAUGUGGCAUUCGACGGGCGACGAGGCACCAGGAAGAGAGAGCGCAGAGUGCCAGCGAUACGGCCUGGAAAAAUCUUUGCCAGCCGUGCCUCAAGAAGUACUGCGACGGCAACAAAUAUGCAGUGGAUGCUUUCGGUCAUCUGUGCUGGGGUUGCGGCUUUGCCCGCUCUGCCCAUUUCCACAAACAGCACCCCGUGGGUGAAGGAAAUCCUGUGCCCAACAUCUGCAGCUUUUGCCGGCUUCAAAGAAGUAGGAAGAGCGAAAUGCUCAAAUUAGAGCCUGUCAAAAAGCCUUCUAGCACCAAGAUGCGGUCCAGCGUGGCCAAAAGUUCUUCUGCCGAAGUUGCGAAGACACAGGGGCCUUACACACCAAAGCGAAGUACCGCGAGUACUUCUCACACAAUUUCCCUCCCACUCGGUCGUCACCGGCGGCGUCGUAGCCGCGGACAGAGUUUGGUCAAGGAGGCUUCACCAUCGACGCCAAGUUCUAUCUACAGACAACCAACUGUAGAAUCAGACUUGGACACAAGCGAGAGCGAUUGUGAGGCUUCAACAGUUUCGACUGAUGUCGUCCUCGAACCGAAGCCUGCAACGGCCGCGGUUGUGGAAGAAGAUCAGCCGCCGCCUGUCGAACGGUGCAUGAAAGCUGCGCCAGCUAUUGUGAAGACUGCCCAGUAUCAUUCGCCUCUCAUCAAUGGGCAGGGGCAGAAGACUCGGCGUCCUCGGGAGAUCUUUACAAAGCCUGCUCCCGGAUUCCCUCAAACUUUUCACGAAACUGAACACGUCCGUCAACGGAUGUACGAGAAAACAGAACCGCUGAUGGCUCAAGGCUCAGGAGCUUCUCUACACUCACAAGCAAAUGCUGUUAAGGUUGCUCAAGACUCUACAGGAACUUCCGAUCCAUUCGUAGAGUACAUGUCUCAAGGUCGGGCUCCAGACGACAAGUGUUCUGCGCAGUGUGACACACCUCAGCAUGGUCACCGACCUCAACAAUACGGUCACGACUCGUUCGCCCAAAACGAGAUGUACAUUCAUAGCUCAGGGACCUCAUACCAAGAGAAACAGCGGAUAGCACGUGAACGUGCAUAUUACUUCGCCAACAUGAGUGCCCAGCGCUCAACCAGCCAACACCCGCGCUCUUCCAACGCGUUCCGGGGUCCUGCCAAUCCUGAGCACUCAGGUGUUCGACCUUCAACUUCUGGAUGCGAUGGCAGGUUUGAGCCCGGCAAUCAACCGCGAGAGUCUCAUUACUUGUUUGAAGACUCGAUUCCCUUUUUCUCGACUCGCUCGCAUCGUCAGCCCGUGUUUCCGGAGCCUGGUUUUGUCAAGGAACUUCUUUCUGACGAUGAGUCUGCUUCUCCUGGAUCAACUAAAGCCAACGUCGGGCAGACGCUCACGGCUCUAGAAUAA